AUGAGUCAAGCACCUAAUCCAUUCACUCAAGUAGCUAGUCAAGGUUAUGGUGAUUUUGCUGCAACAUUAGAUGAAGAUGAACAAGAAGAAAAUCAUGUAGCUGAUGAAGAAGAACAACAACAUGAAGACGACUUAGAAGGACCACAAUCACCUGAACCUGAAGAACAUGAAAUCAAUGAACUUGGUUUUACUCAAACGCAAGAACGUUCUUAUCCAACCGGUAUUGAAUCUCCCGAUGAAGAUGAGAAUGAGGAUCAAGUUCAAGCAUCUGACAAUGAACAAGAACGUGAAGAUGAUGAAGAAGCAGGACCAAGUUCACCAGCAGUUGAAGAUGCUGAUGCUGAUGCUUCAAAUGAACAACAAGAAGUAGAAGGAGAAGAAGAAAAUAAUGAUGAUGAUGAUGAUGUUGAUAAUACAAGUGAAAAAGAAUCUCCAGUACGUCGUCGAGUACAAAUUAUGAAUGAUUCUGACAAUGAUGAUGAUGAACAACAAACGGAAUCAACUAGUGUUGUUAGUAAAGAUAAAAAUCGUAGUUUUCUUAAACAAAUGACAAUGAAAAAUGAUGAUCCACAUAAAAAACAUAAAAAACGUCGAAGUGAUGAACAUCGACAUCAUCAUGAAAAAAAAUCUAAACGUUUUCGAAAAAAUUCUGAUGCUGCAGAAGAAGAAGAUGAUGAUAAGACAGAAGAACAACAAGACAAAAAUACAGACAAUGUCGAAGCAACAUCUGAUGUUGAAGACGUAGUUGACGAUAUUUUUGGUAAAGAUGUUAAUGAAAAUGAGGAGGAAGCUGAUGAUCAAGAAGAAGUAACUGAUGAAUUAGCAGAUCUUAAUGAUGAAGCUGCACAACAUAACGCAGAAGAAGAAGAAGAAGAAGAUGCUGAACAACAACAGCAACAACAAACAUUUGAUGCUGAAGAAGAUGAAGAAGAUGAUGAAGAUACAUCAGUACGAAAAGAAAAACAUUCAUCAUCAAAAAAUAAUAUCGCUUAUGAUAUUGAUUUAUAUUUGGAAAAGAAAGCUGAAAGACGUCGUGGUAAUCGUCGUCGUGGAAAAAAUGGUGAUGUUGAUUUAGCGGGUCCUGAUAGUGAUCAAUUUGUCUCAAAAUUAAUUGAUCAAAUGAAAAUAGCUACUGAAGAAGAUCGAAUAUUUAAUAAAAGUCGACAACCAGCUACUGCUAAACUUCUUUUAUUACCAGUUGUUGAACAACAUCUAUGUCGUGCUGAUUUAAGUGAUAUAUUUCUUGAUAAUGGAAUAUUAACUGUAUUCAAGGAUUGGCUUAGUCCAUUACCAGAUAAAAGUUUACCGAAUAUUAAAAUUCGAGAAUCACUGAUUAGAAUUCUUCAACAAUUUGGUGUUAUUAAUGCUGAACCUUUACGUGAUAGUAGUAUUGGAAAAGCUCUUAUGUAUUUAUAUAAACAUCCUCGUGAAACAAAAGAAAAUAAACUUAAACUAAUCAAAAUUAUUCAUGAUUGGGCACGACCGAUAUUCAAUUUAGAUACUGAUUACAAACUUUUAACACGUGAAGAACGUCAACAACGUGAUGCUAAUCAAGCUUCACUUAAAAGACAAACAUCUUCAACAGGCAAACCAAAGAAUCGUGCUUCUGAUAUGGAUUUACCAUUUGAUAAUAAAAGACGACAACAUGAUGGUGAUGAAUUAAAUGAAGAUGAAGAAUGUCCACGAGCUCGUGUUCCUCGACCAUCAAAUAAAGAUUAUGUUGUACGUCCAGUUUCAACAGUUGAAUAUUCAGACAAAAAAGGAGAUGGUAAAAAGAAAUCAGUAUCACGUUUAGAUGAACUUAAACGACGACAACAAGAUCGAAAACGACUUUCCAAACCAAUGUCUAUAGUUAAACUUAGUAUUGAAGGAAAUAAAAUGCACUUAUAA